AUGUCCUCCUCUACACCAAAAGGUACCGUUGAUACGGUUGAGCCUCCCAAGGUGAAAGACCCUGAGUCUCAAGCCUGGUCUGACGAUAAGCGCCGAAAGUUUGAGACUAAAUCCAAGAGCGAGUUCUAUGACCCUUGCCAGGAGGCUGCCCAGGCAAGCUAUAGAUGUUUGUUUAGGAAUGGAGGCGACAAGAACAUGUGUGGAGAGUAUUUCCAGGCCUAUCGUGACUGCAAGCAAGAGUGGACUGAGAAGCGAAGAAGAGAAGGACGAGGUUGGUUCUGA